GUAAGGUUUGCUUGAUAGCUCUUUUCCAACUUUCUCAAUAUACUUCUUACCAAAGAUAAAAAGGUUAACAACACAAUAAAACUUCCACAAAUUUUCAUUACAAAAUUUAUUAACUUUCCAUAAAAUAAUUUCUAACUUUCCAUGCAGUUUUUCUAAGUAAAGUUGCCCCAUGGUUCAUCUUUGUGUUACAAUUAUAACCAGAAUUCUAUUUCUUGGUAGGAAAAGUGACUUGCUAAGUUGCAAUGUAGAACUUACUUGUGUCCCAUGCCAGAUCAGUCAAGGAUACAACAUACUACAAAAUACAAUAGGAUAUGAGAAACUUAGCUCCAGUCACAUUCGGCCGAAAAUAUAUAUAUAUGAAGCUCCAUUCAAACAUGUCUUCACAAGGCAGCGAGCCUCCAAAUAUACCGACCUGCAGACAUAAACUAGCCAAAUAUCCUCAACCUUAACGCAUAAGCGUUUAAAUUUUAGAUUAUAGUUGCCUAAAGUUCUCUAUCACUGUAGCUAUGAAAUCAUUUAAGUGUAAAUAAACUAUUAAAAGACAA